ACUUCCUUCCUUCCUGUAACGCUUUUCCGCAAAGCGACACCCGACCAAACAAUCAAAGCAGGAAGCUUCCUUUCAACUGCAAUCAACUCCCUCCCGCACAUUAUAAACUAAAAUGGAUCCCAAAUAUACGCACGUCAGAUGAAUUUCUUUCUUAUUAUUGUUAAAUUAUCCUUUUGCUGGUGCAUUCAAGACCUUUAAUCAAAUUCUGCAGUUAGAGAGAUUGUUUAGGUAUUCAAUUCUGUCAUAAUAGACUAUAAUGUCUGAGAGAAGCUUGCGAAAAUCGAGGUCCAGGAGGAGUGAAAUUCGACAGAGGAGUAUAGGUCGAACUCGGAGAGGAAGGGACAGUAGUCGAGGUUGGAGCAGCAAAGACUCGACCCCAGGACGUGCGGCAACACACAGGAGAAAUUCUCUUUCGAGAAAUGAGAGGAAUGUCCGUGGUGAUCUCAGAAGGACAGCAUCUGAGCCGAAUUUGUGGCAGGGUGCUUUGCAUUGGGACGAUGAAGAUUUGGAAAAGGAAGGGAAGAUGAAGAAAAAGGAGAAAUUUUUGUGGAGGCCGCAGACUCUGUCAGAUCUAUUUGAUGGGUUCUACACUGUUUCAGCUUUACCUCCGAGGACUCCUGUGGCCUCCAUUUUCCACAAGCCCGAGAAACUCUUUGCAGAAUGCGACAAAUUUCUGGUGACUGUAACAGUGGAGGGAAGCACUGGACCCAUUAAACUGAUUGUGAGAAAAGAAGACACGGUCAUUGAUUUGAUCAAAUUGACAAUAGACAGUUAUGCUAAAGAAGGCCGCCAUCCAGAGUUGGAUUCAGACAUAAACAUGUUUGAGUUGCAUCUCUCAAAUUUUAGCAUGGAAAGUCUAAAACGGUCAGAUAAUGUGGCAGAAUUGGGGAGCAGAACAUUUUUUCUCAGACAAGAAAACCAUUUUGAUUCUGAACCAACCUUGUUCACACCAACACCUGGUCCCUUCUUUUCUUCUUUUAUUUUUAGAAGGAUGAAGAAAAUUGGCAGGAGGACCAGAAAAUUCUGGAAGAUACUGGACUGCGUAUGCAACUGAUCAUUCCAUCUAUAUUAUUAUUAUUAUAACUACCCAUCUGAGAAAUUGUAUUUUAGUAUGUAUAGGGUAGAAAGCAUCAAAGGGGCUGCAUUUUAUAGGGCCCAUUGCUCUCUUUUAUUGCAAAGCAAUGUAAUUAUUGCUUGUAUAAUAGUAUCAUUCUUCUUCAUUGUCCCCAACGGAUCUGUGUUAAAAAUGUAAGUAAAACAUUUUGUAAUUCAUAUUUGAGGAGAGCUUAUAUGUGCUCCUUUCUUCAAAUUAAUUGGAUAUAGAAAAUCCAGCCAAUGCAGAAUGGGUUUUAUUGAUUCUGCACUGGUUACCAUUGAGAUACCAAUAAUGAAAAUGAAAGGAAUUAUUGUCAAA